AUGCCAGAAAUAACUACUCCAAGGAAGAUCCUCGUAGUAGUUACGGGGGGAGGCUAUACUCACGCGGCACCCGUCCUGGAACUCGGUAAGAUUCUCGCCAGCCGAGGCCAUGUCAUCGACUUUGCUACGCUCGAUGGUCAAGAGAAAUGGACAGACGGGUUCCCAAUAUCGCGCACGCAUCUCAUGGGCCCAGGCCCCACAGAAGAACAGCUCGACGCUCACUACAAGCGAAGCCGACUCUGGGACCCAACCAAGGGAUUUGGGGAUGUUAUGGACUCCAAAUACCUCUUUGAUUCGCUAUGGACGCAAACCUACCAUCGACUGAAGGAGAUCAUGGCCGAUCCCGCCACACGACCAGAUAUGAUGGUCGCGGAUUUCUUCGUCGACGCGGUAAAGGAUAUCCAUAUCGAGUACAAGCUGCCCAUCGCCAUCGUGUGGCCCCAGAUGCCGUACAUGAUGGUCCCCUGCUCGUAUAUCCCCGGCCAGCCGGGCUUCCAGCUAGACAUGACCCUGACGUCGGAGAAUGCAUCCAUGUGGUCUCGGAUCAAUAACGAGCUGGUGGUCGUGCGUGCCUUGCCCGAGGCGUUGAAACUUAUGAAAUGGACCAAGGCGAUGCGCAAACGCGCGGGUCUGAACUAUCUUCUUCCCACCCCGUCGAAACCGGACUACCUGGUCUUGGUGAACUCGUUCUUCGGUCUGGAAGUCCCCAAGGACCUCCCUCCGCUGGUUGCUGCCGUGGGACCCAUCCUCGCAGAUGAAUAUCCCCCGCUGGAUGACAUCCACCAGCGCUUCCUGGACCAGCACCCGAAAACCAUCUACGUCGCGCUGGGGACUCACAUCAUCCUGCCGCACGCGGAUGUUCGGAAAAUCAUCCACGGGCUCAUCCAGGCGAUGGAUGCAGGGCUCAUCAACGGCGUGAUCUGGUCCGUAGGCAAGAGCGGACGGCAGCUCUUCGACACAGCAGACCAGUUCACCAUCGACGGCCAAACCAUCCGCUUCGGCGACCUCCUAGCCGGAAAACACGCCGACUGGCUAUUCCCCUUCUUUGCGCCGCAACGGUCAAUCCUGGACCACCCGCACGCCCGAAUCUACUUCACCCACGGCGGCGGAUCCAGCGCCAACGAGGGCCUCUACCACGGUAAACCCAUGCUCGCCAUGCCCUUCUUCUUCGAUCAGAUCGGCAACGCGGCCAAACUAGCCGGCAGCGGGACAUCUGAGGUUCUGCACAAGUUCCGCUUCACGGCGGAGGAGGUCUACACUAAGACGAAGCUAAUCCUGGAAGAUCGUGAAGGGAGCUACGCGCGCAAUGUCUUACGGCUGCAGCGGAUCGCUCACGUGGCGUCUAGACGGAAGCAGCUGGGCGCGGACCUUAUUGAGGAGGUGUUGUAUGAUACGGAGCUGAGGGUUGUGGAUGGGAAGGAAACGCGGCCGAUGCAUCUCCAGACGGCGGAUAUGCGGAUGCCGGUUUACAAGGCGAGGAACUGGGAUCUGAUGGCGGUUUCGGGCUUGGUGAUGGGAUUGCUGGGGGGAGGGACGUAUUAUGCGGCGCGAUUGGCCUGGGUAAAUCGUCAGGCUAUUAGGAAUUUGUUGAUUCCUUGA